CCUCUGCGUGUAGCCAAGGAGACCUUGACGACACUUCCUGUGCUCCGCCUCCUUUUCGGGAGGUGAAAGGUCAGGGGUGUCACGGUGUCCUCUUGUCACACACACACGUGGGUAUCUGCAGGACCAUGUUCUCCACACUGUCCCGAGCUCUCUUAUCCGCCACACGGGUAGCGGCCGUACGGCCCCAACAGCUGCUGAGCUCUUUGUGCACCGGACGAUCCUUCUCACGCUCAUUAUGUUUGCUCGGGGGGAAUCCGGGGCUCAGGCAGACUUUCCUGCAUCCUCAACGUGGCUUCCCGGCCGUGUCCUGUGGCUGUGGGGGACUGCACACUGAGGGUGACAAGGCAUUUGCUGAAUUUCUCAAAGAUGAAAUCAAAGAAGAGAGAAAGAUCCAGAAACAUAAGAACCUUCCCAAAAUGUCUGGUGGGUGGGAAUUAGACAUCAAUGGCACAGAGGCUAAACUGGUCAGAAAAAUAUCAGGUGAAAAGAUUGCAGUUACUUUCAACACAAACAAUAGCAUUCCACCAAGUUUUAAUGAGGAGCCACAAGAAGGUCAGAAAGCUGAGGAGAAUGAGCCUGAGCUUGUGUCUACACCCAAUUUUGUUGUAGAAGUUACAAAACUGGAUACCAACCACACCCUGGUUCUUGACUGUCACUAUCCAGAGGAUGAGGUUGGACAUGGGGAAGAAGAGGAAGAAAGUGACAUUUUUACUAUUCGGGAGGUUAGCUUUCAGCCCACAGGAGAUACAGAAUGGAAGGAGAACAGCUAUACACUUAACACUGAUUCACUUGACUGGGCCCUUUAUGAUCACUUAAUGGAUUUUUUGGCUGACCGUGGAGUGGAUAAUACUUUUGCUGAUGAGCUAGUGGAACUAAGCACUGCUUUGGAGCACCAGGAAUACAUCAAGUUUCUAGAAAACCUUAAAGACUUUGUUAAAUGCUAAGAAGACAUUGAGAAGCAAUCACCUUCUGUUCUAAAGGUUGCGGCCAGAGGAGGAUCUUGUUGCAUGUCAUCUUGCAUAAUGGACAUUUUAAAUCUGUGGGAUGUGUUGUAAAAUCGGACAGAUUUAAAAUUGUGAAAAGGCAAGAGGUUUUUUUUUUUGUUUUUUACAUUCUAUAACAAAUGUCAAAGUAUGUAGAAAACAAAAUCAUCCAUAACAAAAAUGGUGUCUAUUGAUGUAACAAGAUUUGCUUAAACCCACUUAUGUUUAGACAACCCUUUUGUUUUUUUGCUUAUGUAAGGCUUCAUCUAUUAUUUUUUAAUAAAUAUAUUUCAGAAACAGAUCUAACUUCUUAAAACUUAA